AACAUCCGUUUCCUGAAAUUCGAAGUCUUUUGCAAAACCCCCCUCAUCGGAUUGAUCAGACUCCCUAAUUUGCCAAAAUUCCGACUCUGAUUCAUCUAGAUUCCGAUCGUAGCUCAACAACCACCAACAAGCAUACACCAGAAUUCAGACGAAACUCGGCAAUGGGCAUCUCUAUCAACCAAUCAUCUCCCACAAGCCGAUCACACUACCACACCCACAAAAUCUUCCUUCUAUGCAACUACAUUCUCUUAGGGGCAGCCUCUAGCUGCAUCUUCCUCACCGUCUCUCUCCGCCUCGUACCAUCCAUCUGCGGGUUCUUCCUGAUCCUCCUCCACAUCUUCACAAUCGCGGGGGCCAUAUCCGGCUGCACAGCUGCCACAGCUGGUACCAACAAGUGGUACGCAGCUCACAUGGUCGCGACUGUCCUAACGGCAAUCUUCCAGGGUUCGGUGGCUGUGCUCGUAUUCACAAGGACAGGGGAUUUCCUUGGAGAGUUGAGAUCUUAUGUUAGGGAGGAAGAUGGGGAGGUGAUCCUGAGAAUGGCAGGUGGGCUGUGUGUGCUGAUUUUUAGCUUGGAGUGGGUGGUUUUGGGGCUUGCAUUUGCAUUGAGAUACUAUGCAUAUGUGGAAGGAGAUGGGAAUGGCAAUGCCAUAAAGAGGACUGCUAAAGUGCAAGAGGAGGAUUUGGAUGAUUGGCCAUGGCCAUUCCAAGUGUAGAGAGAGAGAGAGAGAGAGAGAGAGAGAGAGAGAGAGAGAGAGAGAGAGAGAGAGA